GCAGCCGAGGCUGAGCCUCCCUCCCCGUCACGUGAGGAGGCGGCGCCCCCAUUACGUCGCACGCGCCGCUGCGCGUGUUUCCUCCACCCGCGCGCCAGCAGCUGGGCCAUGGCGCACGGACACGGGCACGGCGCGGGCGGCUGCUGCUGCGGGGCCGAGCGCGAGGAGCCCCCCGAGCGCCGCGGCCUGGCCUGGGGCCUCUACCUGCGCAUCGACCGCGAGCGGCUCCAGUGCCUCAACGAGCGGCGGGAGGGCAGCGGGGCGCGCGUGUUCCGCGCCUGGGAGGAGCGGGGGGACCGCAGCCAGUUUGUCGAAAGUGAUGAUGAUGAAGUAGAACUUCUGUUUAAUAUCCCGUUUACAGGCAACGUGAAGCUAAAAGGGAUAAUUGUGAUGGGAGAGGAUGAUGAUACACACCCAUCAGAGAUGAGACUGUUCAAGAACAUUCCUCACAUGUCAUUUGAUGACACAGCCAGAGAACCAGAUCAGAUGUUCAGUCUGAAUCGAGAUCUAACAGGAGAACUGGAGUAUCCCACAAAAAUUGCUCGUUUCUCAAAUGUUUACCAUCUCUCCAUCCACAUUUCCAAGAAUUUUGGAGCUGAGACAACAAAGAUCUUUUAUAUAGGCCUGAGGGGAGAGUGGACAGAGGCUUAUCGACAUGAAGUGACCAUCUGCAACUAUGAAGCAUCAGCAAACCCAGCUGACCAUAAAAUUGAUCAGAUCAUGCCAGAGACCCACUUCAUUUCCUAACAGUAGCACCAGGAUGCUCCCAAAGGCUUCAUUAUCAAUACACUGAGUUAAUGGACUGACUCUGAAGAGAACAGAUUCUUGGGGCGCUGGAGAGAGUGGUGAAAUAACUUUUAUAUCUUCUUGUCUUUGCCCUGGGAAGAAGAGUGCCAAUGCAUGAAAUCCCUUUAUAAAGUUAAUUGAUUGCUAAUGGCAAUCAUCUGUUGGGUGCUUCAGCACUCUGAAGAAUCAGGCCUUGACAUAGUGGAGUUUGUCUCCUCCACAGUGGCAACCUAGUGGCCUAAUUGUUUAUGUUGCCAAUUGAAAAUAAAAGCAUAUCCUCUCACUGUGUAUGCCCCAAGCUUUAAGAUUGGAUUGUGUCUGAAAUGCUGGUUAUUGGAGGCAAACAAUGCAGGGAAACAUCCUCUGGUUGCUACUCUGUUGUUCCUGGGUGUUGAACAAUUGGUGCUGGUGUGUGAAGCUUGAGCCUAACCGUGACUUGAUGUAGGGUUAUUGCUGUAUUGAGGAGAAAGGAAUUGUAAACUGAAACUUGCAUCUUUACAUUUCAGAGGAACAGAAUCUCAAUUCUGAGGGAAAUCUAAAACUGGGAGAGAUGCUGGAUCUUUAACAUAUAUAAAAGUGAAAAUACAGGAUUGUAUGGUUGAGGGGGCUUUGCAGAAAGCAUUCAAAGCACUGCGUAUACAUUUAAAGCUGUGGCUUUUUGCUAAAGGUAUAGAGCCUCCACUCCAUGUUAAAAGCCAGACCUGGAGACCUAGGAGUUCCUUUAGGCACAACUUUAUAAGGAAUGUAACUAAUCUUUCCUAAUAAAUCUAUGGCAGAUGUAAUUUGUUUCA